AUGCCGGCCGAUCACCCUCCGCAGGCUGCGCAAGGCGCCAAAUCCAAGAAGACCAAGAAGAAGAGUGCCAAGGCUAAAGAGGCUGCUCAGCAGGUGGAACCAGAGCCAUUGGAGGCUGUGGAGGAUGAAACCCAGGAUGGCUCUCCCAAGGAUGAUGCCGAUGAGAUUGAGGACACCAACGAUACCGACGAGACGCAGGUCGACCCUGAAGCGAUCCAAGCACCCACGAACGAGAGCCCUGCGCCCGAGAAACAUACUGAAAAGCAAGAACCGUGCAACGCGGGACCCAAUGACCGCUUCGACGCUCUGGUGCGAGACCGCGAUUCCCUCAGGGCCGAGGUGACAGACAUGCGCAAGUCCCUCGAGGAGAUACAAUCCAAGCAUGAGGCCGACAUGCAAGCCUUACAGCAAAGACUGGGCGACGCGGAAUCCAAGAAAGAGCAGGCCGAGACCCAAUUUCAAAAGCUCAUGGAGCGAGUCAAUGCUAUCAAGUCGCAGCUCGGCGCACGCCUUAAAGAAGAUGAGGAGGAAUUGGCACAGGCCCGCACGCAGAUCGAAGAGCUUGAGGAUCAGAACGCCGAGCUUAGAACACAGCUGGAUUCAAAGGUUUCGGAAUUGGCAGAAGUCUCCGAAGCAUCGGCACAAAAGACCAAGGAGAUCUCUACGCUACGAGACCGAACGAACUUGUCCCAGCAGAAUUGGAUUCAAGAAAAGGAGGAAUUACUGGAGCAAAAUUCUUUCCUUCAGUCAGAAUUCGAACAAGCCAAGGAUGCGAUGCACAAUUGGGAAGUGCUGGCAAUGGAAGAGCGAUCAGUGCGUGAGAAUCUGGCCGAAAAGGUUGCGGAUCUCGAGGAACAGCUUGCCAAUCUCCGCGAUGCAUAUGAACGAGUAUCGGGAGAACGCGAUAGUCAGCAGUCAACCGUCGAUGGAUUGCAGCGUGCAUUGCAAGAAAUCCAACUGGCGCGGAAGCAGGAGCUUCGGGAAUUAGUGGAGAGUUCUGAUGCUCAGUUGGAAGAACUCCAGAAAUCAUUACGCGAGGCCCAGGAGCACGCAAAAGCUGCAGACAAGGACCUAGUCAUCGCCCAAGAAGAACUUGAAAGAGUGCGGCCGUUUGAGAAGGAAGUCAAGGAGAAGAACCUUCUCAUUGGCAAGCUGCGACACGAAGCGGUCACCUUGAAUGAUCACUUGACCAAGGCUCUUCGGUUCUUGAAGAAGGGGAAGCCCGAAGAUAAUGUCGACCGGCAAAUUGUAACAAACCAUCUUCUUCACUUCCUCGCACUCGACCGAUCAGAUCCGAAGAAGUUCCAGAUUCUCCAGCUUAUUGCAGCUCUACUGGGUUGGGAUGAUGAACAACGUCAGCAGGCAGGUCUGGCCCGACCAGGAGGCUCGAGUAGCUCUGGAAAGCUUCGUGUGCCGGGUACGCCUUUACGGACGCCCAGUACGCCCAACCUGGCGACUGAGUUCAUGGACAACGGGGCAUCAAGCAAGGAAACGUUGGCCGAACUAUGGUCCAAUUUCCUCGAACAGGAAGCAGAGGCUGGAGACCGUAACACCAUGAGGCGUGGAAGCCACCCGGGACCGCCUAAAUCAUAG